CGCCCUGGCAGCGGUGCACACAGAGUGGAAUAUAUAGGAAAUGUCCAUGCUCAAGCUUCAACGCCGUUUGGCGGCUUCUGUCGCCAAGUGCGGUAAGAACCGCAUCUGGAUUGACCCCAAUGAGACCAUGGAGGUUGCUACUGCUAACUCCCGUAAGGGUGUUAGGAAGCUCCUCGAUGAUGGCAUCAUCAUGAAAAAGCCCGUCGCUAUGCAUUCUCGUUCUCGCGUUCGCAAGAACCUCCUUGCUAAGCGCAAGGGACGCCACACUGGCCCUGGCAAGCGUAAGGGUACCGCUGAAGCCCGCAUGCCCACCAAGGUCUUGUGGAUGAGGCGUCAGCGCGUCCUUCGUCGUCUCUUGAGGAAGUACCGUGAGGCCGGCAAGGUUGACAAGCACAUCUACCACUUCUUCUACAUGAAGUCUAAGGGUAACACCUUCAAGAACAAGCGUGUGCUCAUCGAAGCCAUCCACAAGAGGAAGGCCGAGACCGAGCGCGCCAAGCUCCUUGAGGAGCAGACCGAAGCCCGUAAGGCCAAGGCCCGCGCCAUGAAGGAGAAGCGCAGUGGCAAGGCUUCUGCUGUUGAGGCUGAGGAGGUUGCUGCCCCCGUCGCCAAAACCGUCGAGGUUGCCGCUGAGCCCGCCAAGGCUAGCAAGAAGAAGGCCAAGAAGUAAAUGAGUUUGCUCCCGCGAUGAGAUUGCUAUGGACUUACGCCACUCGCUCUGUGUAACUCGUUUCCUUCGGGACUGG